GAGUAACAUUACAAGCACUACGAAAACAGUCAGCGUCAAUUUACAAAGCGGCACAAAAUAAGUUGGUGUAUUCUCCAAAAAACAAGAGAUAAUGCCAAAUACUUCAGCCAUGAACGCCUCCUCUCGAGCGAUGAAAAGAUCCACGUCAGGGAUGCAGAGAGCCCUCCACAGUUCCCGAUAUACCGGGAGCUUCACGGGUUUCCAAAGUCGGAAAGGCUCCAGGAUGCUUUCGGAAAGCAGAAUGGGGAAAAGUGGCAUGAAUCGGAAGGCCAUCCGGGUAACUAGAUUGGACUCUUUCAUAGGUGCUGGAUGAGGACGGCAACGACGUCACACCUCGCCCGCUGUUCGAAUCCGAGUCCAAGGACCCGCUGGCUAAACCGCAUAAAUUAUUUUUUGAAGAUUUCCAUUCCAGAUGGGACACUUCCAAAUCGUCCUCAUUCUUCAUGAUGCGCUCUUCCGGGUCGUGCAUGUGGAGCAGCAGUCUCCCCAGCCUGUCCACCAGAACUUCGCAAAGCGGCAUGGGAUUUUUCAAGUUAGACACCAGCCAGUGUGAUUCAUCGCGAAAAUCCAGCGUAGCCGGUCAACAUGCGGCGGACGACUUUGCUUCGGAUGAGCUGCUGAACAUCUACUUAUCGGAGACGGACACCAUCACACUUCUGGAUAUGCCCAGCACUUGUAUGUCGGAGGAGGCUGAAAACGCACAAGCUGUUAAGGAGAGCAACAACAUCUAUCUUGAACUAUGCCAAAACAGACUGGGCAACGACAAGUAUGUGGAGCGAGCCAUGCAAACGUUCGUCGGCGCGGCGAAACACAAAAAAGUCCAGAGCGACAAGAUUUUGAUGCACGAUCAAGGUACACAAGCCACCAUCUGGGAUAUUCACGACUCAUUCCAACCCGAAGUACCGAAAGAAGAGAAAGCCGCGGACUGCAUGGUAGAGUUCGACCAAGGACCGAAGAGGACGAGCAGCUCCAGCAGCAUCAGCACAAUUGGCACCGCCAGUACCGGUAGCUCCCUGUUUGCCUUCAAGAUGCAAGGGGGCGAUCUAAAGGACGAGCCAGAACUCCAACAGAUCUUUAAGUCGGAUAUGUUCCAAAGCAAUUUGGUCAUCAUGGAACGCUGCCUCGUCGCCAACAUCUUUCAACCUCAGUUGGCCACUUACAGAAAGCUCCCUGAGAUAAAAGUACCUCCCCCCGUAAUGGAGCCUGAACCUGUAGUUCUGGUGGAGGAGGAGCGGGAGGAUGAGGAAGAAGAUGAGGAGCAGGCAGUGGUAGUGGAGCCAGUGACAGAGGUAAAGCAGGAGAAACAGGUGACUGAAAAGGAAAUCAAAGAGGAAAAAGAGGAGGAAGAAGAGAAGGUAGAGGAGGAAGUGUUGGAAGAAGAAGCACCAAAUCCAUUUCUGGAGCUUCUCUGGAUGUUUAGUUGUGAGCUCACCAAAGGACGGAACAUCACCUGCAUGGCUUGGAACAAGCAGAACACAGAUCUGCUGGCUGUGGGCUACGGUGACUUCAAACCUGGAAAAACAGGCCUAAUCUGCUGCUGGUCCAUAAAAAACCUGAGUUGGCCGGAGCGUAUUUAUAACUGUCACAGCGGCAUUACAUCGCUGGAUUUCUCCUCCACCAAACCUGACAAGCUGGCCGUAGGGAUGUACGAUGGCACGGUCGCCAUCUUCAGCGUACGCAAUCGAGAGAAUCGUACGUUCCUCACCAGCAGCAUAGACUGCAAAAAGAGGCACGUCCAUCCCGUGUGGCACAUAACCUGGGCUAAGCAAGAGAUGAGCAUAUCUGACGAGGACACAGUGGAAUCCGUCGUGUCCAUAUCGGAGGACGGCCGUGUCCUCAAGUGGCUCCUUUGCAGCCAUGGACUAGACGGUUUAGACAUGUUGGAGCUGAGGAGAAUUCAAGAUGGCAUCAAGAAGGCUGAAGGCAACAAAACCAGGAAAGAAGGUAUUCUGGUUUCCACCGCAACACCUGGUCUUUGUUUGGAUUUUCAGCCUAGAGAUCCCACAAUCUACCUGGCUGGCACGUCAGAAGGUGUGGUCCACAAGUGCUCUGUGUCCAACCAUCAUCAUUACCUGGCCCUUUAUCAGAAACAUCUUUGUCCCGUCAACCGAGUGCAAUGGUCGCCGUUCAGCAACGAUGUGUUCCUGAGCUGCUCCGCCGACUGGACCAUCCAACUUUGGAAGGAGGACUGCUUGACCCCAGCGAUAGGUUUUACGUCCAUUCAGAGUCCCGUCCUGUCGGUCAGGUGGUCCCCACUCUGGCCUUCGGUUUUCGCCGCCGUUAAAAGUGAACAGUUGGAGAUCUGGGAUCUGAACGCGUCUUUGAUGGACCCAGUCAUCGUGGAGCCUGCCGCCCAGGGCAUUAAGUUGACGUCCAUGCUUUUCGCUAAAGGGUCAGAUUGCAUCCUGGUCGGGAACUCUGUUGGACAAGUGAACUUUUACAGGAUCAGCAACCUCAGCGUCGGGCCAGGCAAAAAGGUGCCAAGUUUGGAGGAACUUGUUCAUUUCCCUACCGGUAAUUAGCGGAUAGUUUUAUUUUUUUCAGGAUUUUUGCUUGAGUGUUGUUUCCAUUUGAGACUUGUUUUAUGUGGAAAAUAUCAUCUGUUUUUCAGAAAAAUAUGCACAAUACAGUUAAAAUGAAGAAAAUGGACAUUAGUACAUGUAGUUGAGUCACAUGUUUUCAAUGUGUUUUGUUAUUGUUACGCGAGUCAUAUUUCAGUAGUUGUAUUUCAUGAUCAUACUCAGUCGUUCCUAUUCAAGUCUUAAUAUUUGAGUCAUGUUUCUAGUUAUGUCAUGUGUGAUGUUUUUACUUAAGUCAUGUAAACUAUGGGGUGUCUACAUGAGAGAUGUCGAGUCAUCAUUUUUCAUCACGUUUCACAUUUAUACUUGAGUCAAAUUUUAACUGGAGUCAUGUUCCUUGUUUCUAUUACUUUACUCAUGUUUGUACUUCUAAUUGAGUUAUGUUUCUGUUGGAUUAAUCUUUCUAACUUAGUCAUCUUUCUGUUUUAUGCAAGUUUCAUGACUCAUGUUUGCAGUUGUUUUGGCUCAUUUGUGAUUAUAGGUUGGCAUUUGGACAUAACAGAGUGGACAGUAACAAAGGGGACAUUUUGUGCUAAAGUUAGCCCUCAGUCUAGUGUUGCUACUAGCAUUAGCAGUGGAACCUCUUGGUACCUCACGAUACGAUAUGGUUUGCGAUACAAAGGUCACGAUAACGAUGAUCUGACGAUAUGUCGAUACGAUUAUCGAUAGAUUGGUCAGGAAAUCAUUCUAGGAUAUUCUAAAAACAACUAAUAAACACAAAAACAAGCUUCUGCUGUGGA